AUGGCCACAGAGGGAGUGCGAGUUGUCCUAUGCGCGGUUGCCAUUUUUCUCACGGCGCGCUGCGACAACUCCUUCCUCAAGAACGCCAAGAUCAGCCCGCGGAUCGUCCAGACUCGGUACGGUCGGAUGCAGGGCCUGCUGGUGCCCAUGGACGCCCACCGAUACCUCAAGCCCAUCGAGGCGUUCCUCGGGGUGCCCUACGCUACUCCGCCCGUUCAAUCGAAUCGGUUUAGCCCCACCAGGGCCCCUAGUCCUUGGGAAGGGGUGCGGGUCUCGGAUAAAGCGGGGCCUGUGUGCCCGCAGAAGCUGCCUGAUGUGGCCAAUGAGACGGCUGCGCUUGAGAGAAUGCCGAGGGGUCGGUUGGAGUACUUGAAGAGGCUGCUGCCUUAUCUGCAGAACCAGAGCGAGGAUUGUUUGUAUCUGAAUAUCUACGCUCCGACGCAAGGUGAGUGA